AUGCCCCACUUAGAUGUUCACGCUUCGCUCGUUGCAUGCAAAACCAGCACUGCCGCCAGAUGGGAGUUUCUCCGCGAGUUUGCGGAACACCGGGCCCUUUCAAUCCCGAUUGCAGACUUGUCUCCGCCGUCAACAAUGCUUCAUCAAGAUCGGAUUGUAGUAGCGGAGCAAAGAUUGGGUGUCACACUGCCGGCGUCACUAAAAGCGGCCUACGAACUGCUAGGCCAUCGGCCAGAUCUCACCUCGAAUCAAGAUACUUUCUUGCCGCCAGAAAAGCUUUACAUUGAUAAACAAGAAAACCCCCACAAAACAAACAAAUAUCUUGUAUUUCGUACGGAAAACCAAGGCGCGGCCGUUUGGGGUAUACAGGUUCCCGUUUUGUGCGCCGAUCCGCCUGUUUUCAUGUGCCUUACCAUGUCAGACGAGCAAGCUGACCAGUGGCACCAAUGGGCUUCCUCCUUCUCCGAAGCUCUCGUUGAACUCGUGCUAUCUGAAGCCAUGCAUGAUCCCACUUCUCUCACAUAUACCAGCUUUGAGGAAUGCGACAGGUUAGAGCUAGAGCGGCGGUUCAAAAGACUUCCGUUCCCACAAUAUCACACCGAGUCACAAUGCACGUUUUCGUGGUAUACCCAUGGUCCAGACCUAUUACUCCGUUACGACGGCUCAGAAGUAAUGAUUCGUGCCCGAACAGAGAAUUCUGUGCACCAGUUGGAGAAAGAACACAGUGAUAUAUUCACUGGUUUGGUGCCGAAUGGCUACUUAUGA